UCAUUUUUCGUCAAUUCUGCUCAAUUUAAUUCAUCCCUCAAUUUUUUAUGUUUUACUCAUCGUCCUUUUCUUUUUCAGAGAUGAAGGAAGGGAAAAAUAUGUGAUCCAGUUUUUCAUUGGAACGUCUCCACUAUACUCUAGUGCACGUAUACCAAAAUACCAAAACUCGGUUUCGGUUUCAUUAGAAGUUUAUUAGUCAUGAUUUGGUUCGACUGAAAACAUUCGUUUCAAUUUCUCCUUAUGAGCACGUACACAUCAGGCUCUCGCAGGUUACAAGCUGCGACUGUUCUCCAGACGAUCCUGUUUAUUAUAAUAUUUUAAUUGUGUAAUUAAUACAUGCACAUACGUACGUGUGUAUGUAUGUACUGUAAACAUCCAUAUUUGUAUCAAAUUACGCUUGUGUGAGAUGUUAACUCCUUAUUGGCUGCUUAUCAUCGUUCACAUUUCACACAUACAAUUCGAAUUGCAUUCGUACAUAUAUACAUUUGAUUUAUACAUAAUCCUAUAUGUAUAACAUAAAUAAACACAUAUGUGCACAUAUUUUCUCUGUACUUGUCGUACUCACACAAUCGUAAUUCACUUAUGUGGUUUGUCACGUGACUUGUAAUGCAGGAUUGUGUGGUGGUGUACAACACGUGGUAGAAUUGAAACCGACAAAACUAUAUCAGUUUGCUUACCAACCUCGAGACGAGGCAUUCGUACACGAUACGCCGCGCCUCGCGAAGGGACGAUAUCAAUUGCGGAUUAUAAAAAUUUUCAUCCAUCUUUCGAAUCAUCGCAUGAGUGAAGCAAAAAAAAUUAUACAGUUUUAAUUUUUCAUCAUUCACUUCGUUCCUCUCCGAGACAUCGGACUGCGUAUCAUUGCCAAUAAGUAGUGAUAGAUUGCGGUUUUUUUCCGUUCUUUUUUAAUUGAUAAAUGGUCGCCAAAUUACCAAGAAAAAAAUUUACCAUGACCGCAGAAAACGGACAAUGUUUUACUCGGAGUAAACCGGAACGGUCGCGGGAAAAAAAUCGCGAGGGUUUGCGGCCAAGAAGAACGGUUGGAAGGACUUUGCAUCCGAUUUUUAUUCACCUGUCCAAAGAUCUGAAUGUUAAAAAUUCCAAGGAUAAGAUGGCCGAAGUCCCUCUUAUUCCUGCUGAAGAAAUAAUGUCCUGUAACAACGUUCAGGAUAAUUUAGUAAUGCUAGAAGUCGGUCCUCACAGAGACACUUGGCGAUAUUGCGUCGAACGUCAAAGACUUGCAGACAGAUCUGAAUGGUUCAGGGCGAUGCUAGUUGGUCCCUUAGCUCCACCACCGAGUACUCCACCGCCAACUGUACGUUUGGAGCAUGUCGAAAAAAGGGCAUUUGAUCAUCUUCUCAGGUACCUCCACGAUGAGCCGGUGAAUUUCCAAUCGGUCAGCACGGCUCGAGCUACUCUAGAUGUUGCUCAUCAAUACCUUUGCCCGCAGCUCGCGAGACUAGCUAUUAAAUAUUUAGAGGCAAAUUUGACAUCUAAUAAUGUACUCGAAGUUCUUCAAGGACUAAAGUUGUACGCCGCUAAUUUAGGAAAAGCAGAAUCUCCUUCGGCCCCACCUUUGCCCGGCGAUGAAGCUGGGGAAAUAGCCGUUGCCUGCGCCUCGCUUCUCGGGGCGUGUAUGAACGUAGUGGAUUCUGAACCAGCUGCUAUCCUUCCUCAGGAACGUUUCGAGGAAUUGACUCGCGAAGAAGUAGCUGAAAUAGCUGAACGAGAUACUCUGAAUCUAAGACACGAAGGCGUACUAUUCACUGCAUUAGAUAGAUGGGCAGCUUCGGAAUGUAGAAGACAUGGCGUAGAGCCCACACCCUGCAAUAAAAGAACUGUUCUUAAUGACGAGAUUUGGUUUAGCGUAAGAUUCACCCUGAUGACAGACAAGGAAUUUAUCGAAGGUCCAAUGGCCAGCGGAGUUCUGACGAGCAAAGAAUCUGCUUUCAUUGUAGCAAAGAUAUUGGGCCACCAUCACGAUCGCCAACAACAACAGCUACAGGAUGCUACGGUAGGUCCGCUAUCGAGGCUAUCGAAUGUUCCGAGGAGAUUUUCAAUGUCUGCAGCCGAAAGAAAAUUGAAGAAAUAUCGGCAUGGUAAAUUGGAACGUGAAGAGAAUAGAAAAAAUCGUAAAAGGGAGUGCGCCAGUCAGGGUCAACGAGCAUGUGCAAGCCUUGGUAAUUGUCUGGUUCGAGUACUCGCAUGUGUUUUCGACUGAAUUAUAUGAUAAAACUAAUUUUACUAAAGCCAGACUGACAAAAGGAUGUGAAAUACAGAAUUCACCAAGUUGUCAAAACUCUUCGAAUUCAACAUUGAUUAUGUCAUAAAAGACGAUGGGUUGUAUUGGCAACGGUUUUUUUUUCAAUAUAAAUUAUAUUCCGUUCAGAUAUUUACUCUAUAUUAGAGGAUUAUAUGUAUUUUUUUUUUUCAUUAUCUAAACACUUUUUGUACUGAUAUUAGAGUAGAGAGAACUGGGACGAUAAUAUUGUUCUGUGGUUCAGAGAAAUAAGAUUUUAUUUAGUUAACUAUUUCGCGUAUAAUUUACUAUAAACACAUAUAGCGUGUAGGAAGAAUGUAUUUGAAGCGUUUCGAUAUUACGAUAUUUAGAAGAGGAAAAACAAAUUAACAAUGCAAAAGGGAAAACACGUUUUACCUGAUCUAAUUCAAAAAGGACUCCUCAAAUAUUGUUCUCGUCGAGUUAUGAUUUAUUGAAAAUCCCUGCUCACUUAAAAAGUAUUAUGAUUGACAUAGAAUUUCGUCCCGGCAAAAUUUCAAUAUCCGAUACGAACGUUGUAAGAGCAACAAAAAAAACUAACACAUUUUUGCCUUAGAAUCUAAACGCAGACGCAUCACGUGAAUUAUUUUAAACAUAUACUUGAAUCAUAUUUUUUCCUACUACGCGCGGUACUCAAUAAUGCAUAUAGAUAUGAAAAUAAUUUUUAAUUGUGUUCAUUAAAAUAAUUCUAUGUAUUCGCGAAUAUUAUCAAUUUAGCUGUGAACUACAAUUUAAUUAAUUAUUAUAUGCCAUGGCUGGUCCGUGAUGAAAAUAUAAUAAUUAUAAUCAUGAAAACGAAAUUUUACAAGAAAGAAACAAAUCUUAAUAUUGCAAGAAAAUAUUUUUUCGAAACUAUAUUGCAAACGCUAAUAAGGUUGUUUAUAACCAUGAAAAAAAAAGGAAGAGAAGAAAGAAAUUAUUCAUACGAAGGAAUUGGCACACUAUUAUACAUACGUAGUGAUGUAUAAUGUAUAAUUGAAUAUUUACAAAAAAUUAUUACUAUUAUAAUUAUUAAUACAAAAAAUUUUAAUAUGUUGACAAAUAAAAUUCUAUAUUAUGCUAUGAUCGGCUAAAAGUUUGGAUCGAUUAUAUUAAUUAUUAUCAUUGCAAAUAUAUUGCGAUACAAAAAAAAAUAUUAAUAAUUUUACCACAUAAAAGUACAGGGUUUUCGAUUAUUGAAUGUGAAAAAAAAAAGAAAAAUCAACCACAAAUGAUAAUUUUUAAAUGAGUUUGCAGAAGGCCUAUUAUUACCUAUUGUAAUAUUAUCAUAUUAGUCAAAUUCUUGUGGUGUUUCUAAUAGUUGGAGUCAAUGAAAAAUAGUAAAUGCCUAGAAAAAAGACCAAAAACAAAAAAAAAAAAAAACACGGAUUUACUAUUAUCAUUAAUUAUUAUUACAAUUACAGCAUUUAUCAAUACGUUAAAAAAUUAUAUAAAUAUCAUGUCGUUAUUACUAUUAUUGUACUUGUUUCAUGUUAAAAAAAUAUAUUAUGGUCAUCGAUGUAUACUAUUGACGAAAGGGUGAGAAAGAAAUAUUGACAAUUGUACAACAAAAAAAUGAUAAUGUAACGAUUAUAAUUUGCUUGCGCGUAUAAGUUUGAAGAAGAAAAAACGUAAAAAUAUAUACGAUACAAAUGACAUUAUGUAAUAAAAUACAGAAAAGCGUGCUCUAGUAA